CAGUGAUUUUAAGUGCUUUUUAUCCAAAGGUUGUACAAAAUGGUGGCUGGUGUAGAAGAAUCGAAGGUUGGUGUUGACGAGGAGCAGCACUAUGACGAUAGUAGUUUCGAUGAGUGCGACACGCCAGCCGGUGUGUUGUCCUCGAAAUUCGACAAAACCGACGUAUCGAUUAAUACAAAUCCGUUACCACAUGGCAAGUACACCUUGAUUGGUAUCGAUAUAGAUACGACGGGUCGUAGACUUAUCGAUGAGAUCGUACAGAUCUCGGCCUUCACCCCGGACAAACAGUAUGCGCAGUACAUAAUGCCACUGAUGAAUCUGAACCCGGCUGCCCGUCAGCGCCAUCAGGUUCGAGUGAUCACGGUGGGAUUUUUCCGCAUGCUGAAGAGCAUGCAGACGUACCGUGUCAUGAAGACCAAGAUGGAAAUUGCAGCACUGAAUGAAUUCCUCGAUUGGCUUGAGGAACGUCGUCGUGAAGAUGAAGGAUCCGAGGGCAUCGUACUUGUGUAUCACGAACAACGAAAAUUCGUACCGUAUAUGGUGAUCGAAGCGUUGAAAAAGUACAAGUUGUUGGAUCGCUUUGCUGAGACGGUCAAGUCGUUUGUGAAUGGGUUCAAAUUGGCCGAAGAGAAGUGUACUAAAACUAUCAAGUAUUUGACCAUACGUCAGCUGGCAAUGAUAGUUUUGGAUGAAAAAGAAGGUUCUCGGGAAGGAUUUGAAGGAAACGCGGCGUACCGUGCGAGGAUGGCGUUUGAAAUUUCUAGAUGCUUAGCAACUGCUGAACCGAAGGAUACUGCGUCUGCUUCAUCACCAACCGAAACAGAACCAAAUGUUUCGGCCAAUUCUGAAGAAGUCGCCAGCUCUUCCUCCACCGCUGAUGAUGCCGUGAAGGUAGAAGGUGAUCAGACAACUGAAAACGCUGGACAGACGGUAGAAGAGGAAACUGCCCAAAAAGAGAAUGAGAAAAAAGAAGGAGCUGCAGCGGGUACUUCGAACAGCUCUGCUUCUCGUCCUUUAACCGAAGAGGAUCGUGAAAAGAUGUGCACAGUGCUUUGUGAAUAUGCCUCGCCUAUUUCCAAUGAGAUAUCCGAGCUUGACGAGCAGGAGAAGAUUCUGGUGCGUCAGAAUUCAUUGAGACCGGUAUUUUUGCUCUAUUUUAAGACGACAAUCUACCAUAGGGUUAAGGCUGUUACGUACAGACGAGUACUGGCUGAAUCUGGCCACAAUUACGAAUCUUUGCGUCAGCUCUGGCAAGAAAAGAAACGCGAAGGAAUGGAAGCCAUCAUCAACGAGAUCGCAGAGUUGAAGGAAGAGGAACGCACCGAGCUGGUCGAACUGCUUGACUGCCACUACGAUCCGGACAAGCAAGCAUUUAAGCCGAUUGUGAAGCGCAUGAAGCGUCGUCCUUCCCGAGGACAACCCUUCUUUUCGAACAAGAAUAGCAACGUUCCUCAGCAACAGAAUGGAAACUCUCAGAUGGCAAAGGAAAACCGAAAGCCCUUCCACGGCUACCAAAACAACCAGAAGAACUUUAACAAUAACCACAACGGAAACAAUAUGAUGAACAAGCAGCAAAACCACCAUCAGAACCAGCAACAGCAGCAGUUCUACAACGGUCCAACCUCGCCUGAGUCGAAUAUGCGCAACGGAGGAGGAUCGCCCGGAAAGCGUUUCUAUCAGCGUAAUUCGCGUCGUCGUCGCGGAGGAAAUGGACAAAACCAGAACCAGAACCAACAGAACGGUGGACAGAAUCAACAGUCUCUGAAGAACCACAAUGAUAAUCGUCAAUCGCAUGCGAACUCGAAUCGCCACAAUAACCAUCACUUCCAACAGCCAAUUCCGAGUCAUGCUUAGAGAAGA